UUAUUAAACUAAAUGUUUCUGAAAUCAUUCUCUUUAUUUCUAAGGAGAGAAACCUUGGCCAGCAGAAAAUUGUUUAUAUUUCCUGAACAAACAUUCAUUCAUUAACAAAGCGUUUUACAUUAACUUCCGAGUCCUUUAUGUUACUGAGUAUUGAAACACCAGGAGUCAAUGUCCCAUUCCCUUUACAGAUUUUAUCAGUCAACAGAUCGUGUCGUUUACCGUACAAUAGAUGGUCAACAUGUUAUACGUCACUAAUUGAAAAGAAUCGAUUGAGUACAAGAUUUGUAAACACUCUCAAAGAUGUAUUGAAAAGAAAUUCAUUUCUACGUGGCAUUAGUCAAUAUAUUCCAUUAACAAAAGUCAAAAAUCAAAUAAUGAAUAAAGAUAAACUAUCUGUUGUUACUGAAACUGGUUCUGAUUUAACACUUAUGAAUAGGACCUCAAUUAUUUCAUUGACAAAAUUUGUAGCUGCUCUGGUGGAUUUUUUCACGUGAUGUUAAACGUACACUAAAUGCUUAAAAAAUUCGUCGGCGUCUUGUGAUGGGCUAUACAUGAUUUCUACGACAGACAAUUUUAAUGUAUGGCUUUUGAUAUUAAUAAUAAGCUAAUGAAAAUAAUUUAUAUAAAACAUUCUGAAAAAAAAAACAAGUAUAUUAUUAUUGUCAAUACUGUUCGUGGAAUUAGAAUAGAUAUAAAAAAUAGUGUGACUAUCUGCCGACUGGAAUUUAUGGUAGUGUCGCAGCCAGUUUGAUACAAUGAGGAGAAAAAUCCUCAUGUCUUUUAUUAUAUAUAUAUAUAUUGAAAUGCAACCUGAGACAAUUUUGCAUUUAUGACAGUUCAAGCUCGACUUUAUGACAGUGUCGCGUGAAGCACUUCAAAAUUUUACGGAAAUCAGUUCUAUUUGAAAAUAUCAUGUGACCAUUUUCAGCAUUUAUGAAAAUUCAACUUUGUAUUACAUAUGAACAGUUAACGUGAAAUAUGUCGGUAUUUAUGAAAGUUCCAGGGGUUCUAUAUGAAAUUAUCACGUGAAACAUUUCGUUAUUUAUCAGAAGGCCGUCAAUUUUAUAUGACAAGUUUUCUUGACAUACUUCCAUACUAUAACCUACGAAAAAUUCACAAAUUACAAAAACAUGUUGCGCGGCGCACAGCAAAGAUAUAUUAACCUAUUAAUUGUGAUCACGAUGAACUACUUUAUUAAAGAAAUUUCGAGUUUACCAGGAUUUUCGAAACAGUUAUAUUUUAACAAAUGCUUGACUGGAAGCACUCUACAUGUGAAGUUUGGGGAUUCGGUUGAAUAUUGCAUUAAUGAAUGCGUUAAGCGGCCAAUGUGCAAAUCAUUAAAUUAUAAAAGUAAAACUCAUAAAUGUGAACUAAAUUCCGAUAAUUUUAACCAGUCUGUGCCGCUUACCAGCUCCGUCAGUUGUGUGUAUCUUGAUGUAAGAAAUGGUUACCAGUUGCUGGUACUGACGACCAGUCCGUGUGCUGCAAAUACUUGUCAGCCUAACCAAAAAUGCAAUUUACCAAAUUCUCCAAACUGUGUCAUAAGUGAAUGCGCACUGCAAACCCAGAAUAUCGAAAACGGAGAAUUAUUUGGCAACAUGAAUGGUAUAGGAAACGCACGUGUUGCGAAGUGUGACGAAAGUUUCUCUAUGUUCGGAGAUGCACGUAUUGAGUGUCUUGCAGGUGGGACUUGGACCCUGCCAGCGGUUUGUGGGGUUGCUUGUGGUCAGCCACAAAAUUUGACUGACGGACAUGUUAUCAAUGCCGAAAUUAAAACACCCAAUGGUUUUCUUAACUCGAACGAUUCUGCCAUUAUCUUUUCACAAACAGAUUAUCUAAACGGUUCUUGGAUAGAAUUUUCAUGCGAUGACACCUUUGUUAUGACAGGACAAAACAUAACACAAUGUAUAAAUGGUAACUGGACACAAAUACCCGUAUGUAUAAUACCAGGACUUGGGCAAACAUGUAGCAACAAUAACCAGUGUACGGUGCCGGAAUCAGAAUGCCGUAACGGCAGCUGCAGAUGUAAAACACAGCGCAGUUAUUCGUAUAACUCUAAAUCAUGCGUCUUUGACUGCGUUACAUUUGCAGACACAUUUCAGUCGGAAGUUGGUAAAAAGCUCAACUUCAAGGAUGAUGAGACGCACUAUAUGUAUAACUACACGGCAUGUAGAAAUCGGUGUUUGGAGAUAACUGCUUUCGUAUGUCAAUCGUUUGAAGUUUCCAGCAGCCUUUGUUUGAUAUCGUCAGAAAACGCAAACGACGGACUAUUUCGUGAUGCGGAAGAGUUCAUUUAUUAUCAACGGGACUGUUUGCUGGAAAUAACAUAGUGUGCGCAUGACAUACAAAAAUAUCGCUUACAAGAGAUAUUAAGACUUAUUUUAAUGUUUUAGUCACAUGCUUUAAAUAACUGAGUAUAUAACCAGUAAAACAUAUUUGUCAGGUGUAUAUGGCUAUAAGAAUGCAAUGCAUAGUUAUUUUGAGAAAAUACUUGUACAUGACUCUUUUCAUGUUAGCAUUGACCAAAACGAAUGCUAAAAAGCAUACUAUACUACUAGAAACAUUCCUAUGCAAAAUUAUGGCAGUAAAUAGCUAAUCAAAUAUACUUACAUGCUAGUCUGACAAGAGAACAAUCUUCAUUUUAACACCUGUUUGAAUGAUACAUAGACAAGUCGCUAUUAUUUCAUUUUUAUUCAUAUAUUUUAGGACUAUUUUCAAGAAGAAUUUCGGAUUGUUUUAUAAAUUUCACAUGUAGUAUUACUCAUAUUUUAGCAGUCAUUUUCAGAGAGAGCAGAUAUCAGGAAAAAACCUGAUAAGGUGAAGGGUAAUUGCUUUUCCUUAUUUAUUUAUUUUCUUAUAAAUGUCAUUUAAAAUCAUAUGGAAAUUUUUUAAAGUAAAUGUAUCCGGAAUAUAUGUAAUAUGGCAGUUCCAAGAAGUUUGUAUAUCUUAUAUUAAGAACAAACAGCAAACGUUUCGUUUGCGUAUAAACUGUUAUUUUUUCACAUGUUUGUAUGAUAUGAUAAAAUGUCUUUGUGCUGUCUGAAUAGGAUUUAUCUCUGAUUAAAUAAAGUUUAUAUACAUGUACCAAAAAAAAAAUGUUUUGUGUUUCUCAUAAAAUCCAGUCAUUUCAUAGUACUAUUUCGAUGUAAAUGAGAUGUGAAAUCAAAAUUUGUAUCCCUGUUUGGCGCCAUAUAACCUAUACUGUGUUGGUACGCCGUAAAACCACAAUAAAUAAAUAAAUAACAUAGUACUAUCAGGAUCAUAUUGGUUUAAAGGUUCAAUCAGUCAUAGACCAAAUUUCCGCAAUCCGCAAUAAUCUACAGAACACUCGUCAAUCUAAUUACCAAAUGCUAAAUGACAAAUAGUUAAUGCUUAAUGCCAUUUACAUAUUGUU